AUGAAAAAACUCUUAAAGAGUACUGAUUUUGAUGCUGUAAUAUAGAAACUAAAUAUUUAAUGCAAAAAUAAGAAUGAUGAUUGUAAAUAUUAAUAUAUUAAGAUUUAUUAGAUUUGGAUCCAUUCUAAAAAAUAAAAAAUUCUUCUCCUAUGAUUUUUGGUGAUUAUUGCAACUCCAACAUACCAAUUCAAUUAUAAUUAUCUCCUAUUGAUACAAAUUAAAAAAGUUACAUUUCACUAUUAUCAGAUAAUAUUGAUUUUUCGGUUAAAGAUAAAAAAUAAGGUAACAAUUCAGAUUAAUCCUUUGAACAUCCUUAAUGUAUAAUAUCAGAAGGCAUUCAUUCUUUUGUUUAAAAAGAGAAAAUAAUAAAUGAAGAAUAAAACAUAUUAAAUAAAAGAUUGAAAGAGAUUAGACAUAUUUAUAUUAAGAAAUUGGAAUAAUUAGAUGAAUGUAUGUAAAGUAUGAUUUUAAAUAGAAUAUUUGCAUAAAAGAUUAUAAAUAUUAGAGUAAUUUGAGUAGCAUAUGAAUUAAAAAAGUCCAAAGAAGAUUAAAGAAUAACCUUUAAAGAGUGCUCUAAAAAAGAAGGAUUCUAUUAGCUCUUCUCGAUAUUAUACUCAAAAUAUUAAUGAUUCAUAAGAAGAUGAUUGGAAAUUCAUUCGUGAUGCUUAAAAUAUAUUAAAGAAAUAGAAAUCAUCUUAUGAUGAAGAAUUCAUUACACCUUCUAAAGUUAGAUUUGUAAUAUAUAUAUUAUUUAACAUAUUUAGUAAAAGAAAUCAAAGAAAUCAUAAAUAAAUGAUGAUUCAUUUUAAGUAUUAAAAUUUCGAUAUUGA